AUGAAUACUAAAUUACCAUAUUUUGUACUAACAAUUUUAAUAUCUUUUUCAUAUAGUAAAUCAGUUUCUUCAUUAAAUAAUGGAAGUUUUAAUAGUUAUAUUCCAAUAACAUGUGAUGAUGAUUCAUUUUAUUGUGAUAAUGGAACAUGUAUUCAAAGAUCAUGGUUAUGUGAUGGUGAAAAAGAUUGUGAAGAUGAAAGUGAUGAAAAAAAUUGUGAUACAUUAAAUCCAUCUGAUUUUUGUAAAAAUAAAAAUGAAUUCUUUUGUCAUAAAUCACUUGUAACUAAAUAUAGUGAUACAUCAAUGCAUCUUGGACAAUCAACUCAUUCAUUUAGAGAAAAAUAUUGUAUACCAAAAGAUUAUCAUUGUGAUGGACAUGAUGAUUGUGAAAAUGGUGAAGAUGAAAAAAAUUGUGAUGAUAAUAUUAAAUGUUCUGAUGGAACAUUUAAAUGUCCACAAUCUGAACAUGAUAAAUCAACAUGUGUUCCUGCUGCAUGGAAAUGUGAUGGUUCUCAAGAUUGUUUUGAUGGUUCUGAUGAAAGAAAUUGUACAAUGACACCAUUUUGUUUGGAUUCUCAAUUUUUAUGUCACAAUAAUCAAUGUAUCUAUAAAAAGUGGGUAUGUGAUGGUGAAAAAGAUUGUAAUGAUGGUAGUGAUGAAAUAAAUUGUAAAGAAGAUUGUAAUGUUGAAACACAUUUUAAAUGUAAAGAUGGUAGUCGUUGUUUACCAUUACAUUUACGCUGUGAUGGUGAUGCUGAUUGUAUUGAUCAUUCAGAUGAAAAUGAUUGCCAUUCUUUUAGUCCAAUUCAUACAAGAACAUGUACUAUUGGUGAAUUUCAAUGUGCUUCUAAUACACGGUGUAUUUCUGCAAGUUGGAGAUGUGAUGGUGAUGUUGAUUGUUCAGAUGGUAGUGAUGAAAAAGAUUGUGAAGAAAAAAUAUGUACUAUAGAUCAAAAAAAGUGUGAUAAUAUUUGUAGACCAAAAGAUUUAUGGUGUAAUGGAGUUGUUGAUUGUAAUGAUGGAAGUGAUGAAUUAAAUUGUAAAUUUCCACAUAAUAAUAUAACAGCUUGUAAUCCAACAACACAAUAUGAAUGUUCAGAGACACCAAAAAUGUGCAUACAUUAUGAGGACUUAUGCAAAGAUGAUUCCUCAUCUAAUAAUUGUAUAAUAUCAAUAUGUAAUAAACAAAUACAUUCAUGUAAAAAAGACUCACCAAAUUGUCAAUGUCGUGAUACAAAAUUUAAUGGUUCAAUAUGUUAUUGUAAAAAAGGUUUUGAACUUCGAAAUGAAUUUUGUGUUGAUAUAAAUGAAUGUAAUAAUGAAGGAACUUGUGAUCAAAUUUGUUAUAAUGAACCAGGAUCAUAUAAAUGUGAUUGUUAUCAUGGAUUUCAAUUGGUACCUGUAGAUAAUAAAACAAUUAUUCCUCAUAAAUGUCGUGCUUCUGGUUCAGAUCCUUUAUUAUUAUUAACAAAUCGUGCUUCUAUUAGACAAUAUGAUAUGACAAAACAUAUUGUAUCACCAUUAAUUUCAUCACUUAAAUCAGCUGUUGCAAUGGAUUAUUGGCAUAAAAAUGGUAUUGUAACAUGGUCUGAUUUAGUUAAUGAACAUAUUAUGUCAUGUCAAAUGGAUCAUAAAGAACCUGUUUAUAAUAUAAGUAAAUGUACUGAUGGAAAUGGAACAAUUCUUGUUAAAAAUGUUACUAAUGCUGAUGGUUUAGCUGUUGAUUGGGUACAUGGUCUUUUAUUUUGGACUGAUUCUAUUAAAAAACAUAUAAGUGUUGUUGAUAUUAAAACUGGUAAAAGUAAAAUUCUUUUUAAUACAUCAUUAGAUGAACCAAGAGCUAUUGCAGUUGAUCCUGCUUCUGGUUUACUUUUUUGGACAGAUUGGGGUAGACAUGCAAAAAUUGAACGCGCUGGAAUGGAUGGAAAUCAUAGAACAGUUAUUGCAUCAGGUGAACAUAUAAAAUGGCCAAAUGGUUUAACUUUAGAUAUUCUUGAUAAAAGAAUUUAUUUUGCUGAUGCAAAAGUUAAAUCAAUUUCUUCAAUGGAUUAUUGGGGUAAUAAUUUACGUACAGUUAUUCAUUCACAUGAAAAACUUAAACAUCCAUUUUCUUUAGCUGUAUUUGAAGAGAAAUUAUAUUGGAGUGAUUGGGAUAGAGAUGGUAUUGUUAGUGCUAAUAAAUUUAGUGGAUCAGAUGUCACUGAAGUUUUAAAACAUGUAUCAACACCAAUGACAGUUAGAAUUUUUCAUGAAGCUGUACAACCAGAUCAUCCAGAUAAAUGUCAAUCACAUAUAUGUUCAGGUAUAUGUUUACCUAAAGCUCAUUAUCGUACUGAUAUUGAAGAUCAAAAAAAAAUUCAUGAUGAAUUACCAUAUUCAUGUGUUUGUGAUGAUGGAUCAAUUCUUAUUAAUGAAGUAUGUGUAUUAAAUCAUGCUGUUUCUGAUUUUAUAAAAGAUUCAACAAAAGGAAAAACAUCAACAAUUGUCAUAUUUAUUCUUCUUACAGGUGCUAUUGGAAUUAUUGGGUAUACAGUAUACUCACGUCGCAAGCGUCCAGUAAACCAAUUUGUUAGAUUUAGUAAUCCAGUAUACAGAACAACAAUUGAAGAUGGAUCCCAUGAUAUGGAUGAAAUAAAUGAUCGUGCAAUUGUUAAUAUCACAAGAACUCUUCCAAAUACAACAAACUCAUUAGUUGAUAAUACAAUUGAUCAAUCUAAUGUAAAUCCUUCACUUUCCUUUUCUAACCCAACAUUUGGUACUAAUCGCGAAUAG